UGGCGCGUGCGCGGUGCCCGGGUUUCGCUCAGCCGCGCGAGAGGCGGCCCUUUCACCCUCUCCCCUCCCCCACCCAACGCUCCCGGACCCGGGAGAGAGAGAAAGAAAAAAAAACAUUCGGGAGAAGCAACAGUAACCGCGCUCACCCACCCAGCUAACUGAUCCAAACCACAAGGAUGGGUGUUCCGGCCUUCUUUCGCUGGCUGAGCCGCAAGUAUCCGUCCAUCGUGGUGAACUGCACGGAGGAGAAGGCUAAAGAAGUCAAUGGAGUUAAAGUUCCUGUGGACAGCAGCAAACCUAAUCCAAAUGAAGUGGAGUUUGAUAAUCUGUACUUGGACAUGAAUGGCAUUAUUCAUCCAUGCACACAUCCAGAAAACAAGCCAGCUCCUAAGAAUGAGGAUGAAAUGAUGGUGGCCAUAUUCGAAUAUAUUGAUCGAUUGUUUAAUGUAGUUAGACCCAGGCGUCUACUUUAUAUGGCAAUAGAUGGUGUGGCUCCUCGUGCCAAAAUGAACCAGCAGCGAUCUAGACGGUUUCGUGCAUCCAAAGAAGGAUUGGAACUGAUUGAAGAGAAGAGACAAAUGAGGGAAGAAGUGCUUUCUAAAGGUGGAUGCCUACCUCCUGAAGAAGUAAAAGAACGGUUUGAUAGCAACUGCAUCACUCCAGGAACUGAAUUCAUGGAUAACUUAGCAAAGUGUCUUAGGUACUACAUUGCUGAUCGUUUAAACAGUGACCCCGGAUGGAAAAACCUAACUGUUAUUUUGUCAGAUGCAAGUGUUCCUGGUGAGGGUGAACACAAGAUCAUGGAUUAUAUAAGAAGACAACGAGCUCAGCCACACCACGAUCCAAACACCCAUCAUUGUUUGUGUGGAGCUGAUGCUGAUCUUAUCAUGUUGGGAUUGGCAACUCAUGAACCAAACUUCACUAUAAUCAGGGAAGAGUUCAAACCCAACCAGCCAAAGCCAUGUGCUCUUUGUAAUCAAGUUGGCCAUGAAAUCAAAGAAUGCCAGGGUUUGCCGAAAGAAAAGCAAGGAGAGUUCGACCAAUUAGGAAGUAAUCCUCCAAUUGGCUCAGAAGUGGAAUUCAUAUUUAUUCGAUUAGCUGUCUUGCGUGAGUACUUGGAAAGAGAAUUAACUAUGGCAAGCCUCCCCUUCAAGUUCGAUUUUGAGAGGAGCAUUGAUGACUGGGUGUUUAUGUGUUUUUUUGUGGGAAAUGAUUUUCUGCCUCAUCUACCAUCGCUGGAAAUUAGGGAGGGUGCGAUUGAUCGACUCGUUGGCAUUUACAAGAACGUAGUACACAAGACAGGGGGUUAUCUUACGGAGAAUGGUUUUGUCAACUUAGAACGAGUGCAGAUGAUAAUGGCUGCAGUUGGAGAAGCUGAAGAUAACAUCUUUAAGAAGAGAAGAGAUGAUGAUGUGUCAUUUAGAAAAAGGCAAAAGGAAAAAAACAAAAGGAUGAAAACAGAAGCAGCAUCUUUUGUUCCUGGUGGACAACUUGCUCCACAACCUCUGGGCCAACGGAAUGGUGGAGGCAAACCACAGCCCCUGCAGAAUGCAAGGCAAACCGCUUAUGAAAUGAGAGUACAAGGUAGAGAUCAACAAAAUAAGACAUCAGCUCACAAUAACAGUUCUAAUUCAGAUGGAAGCCCAGUGCCUCUAGGAACGAAGAGGAAGAAUGGGGAUAAUGAUGAUGAUGAUGAUGACGAUGAACCACCAGAUAAUAUCAGGUGCUGUUAUUGGCUGGUUGCUUUGUUUAGCUGUUCAGCAAAUUCCUAAAAUAGGUGCUCUAAU